AUGCGGCUCCUUGUCACUUGCCGAGAAUGCCUGCGCGAGGCCUGUGCUGCCACACGGCCGAUUGUGAGCGUGCCAAGGCGGGUGAAUGGGGAGGCCUCAGAGCGCCGCACCAUUGUGGGGCCGGGCCUUGCUGAAAGCCGGCUCCGGGCCGGGAAGGUGCGGAAAGAAUGGCUUUUUAUUGGAGUCCCGAACAAAAGGUGUGUGUUAGGCCAGGCCGGCACUGGACAGGUGAGUUUGGAACAAGCCCGGCUCUAUCCCUUCCCUGAAGCACUCCCAGGCCUGAAGAUUCCUAACCUUGUCCGACACCUUGGGGCAGUUUUACAUUCGGGGCAGGCGGCACCCCAGGGGGCUGCAGGGCUGGGGAAUUUGACUGGAGAGGAAGGUGGAAAACUUCGGCGCCAGACGAAGGCACGGCGCCCCUCCAGCCCAGGAUCCCACGGAGGUAAGGAUCGGAGGGAAAACGGCCUCACGCUGCUUCCCCGGGUCCCGCAUCUCCAGCUUGGGUGGGGCCGGAGGGGCGGGCGCUUCCCUGGAGAACUGCGCGUGCGGGAGGCGGAGUGCUGCCAGGCCUCGAGCGCAGCCUCCUCCGCCUUGGCUGGAGGCAUCAGCGAUCCAGAGGGGACUUCCCGGGUGCCUUCUCCCACUUCCAGGGGCCCACGCGCUGCCAGGACUGCGACUGCCCCGAGUGGACACGAGUUCGGCGCCGUGUCGCCGAGGGGAAGUCGGGGCCAAGCGCAGGUGCAGGUAGGCCCGCAACGCAGGCAGGGGCGGUCUGAGCUGGCCUUGCAAGGAGUGCGGCCCCGGGAGAGCCUGGUCAGCUCGAGGAGAGCCCGGACUGGAAGGGCCAACAGCACCGAGCACCGCCAACCGGGCGGGAAGCCGAGCCCAGUACGCAGACCAGAGGAAAACUGAAAUAAUUCAAAACACGAUGAAGAGUGAAUGCCUGUGGGCAAUGAGUUCAGUAAACAUCUCAUUGUGAAAGCUGUUUUUCCUUGGAUGUUCUAAAGGAAAGUGAAUUGUUUUGUAGAAACAUAAUUUCUUGACUUUUUUUCUUGAAAACUGUGAGCCGAAAUAUUGCAUGGGUCUCCCAGGUGGUCUCCAAGUGGAGGAGAAAGUUGUCAACAUCUUUCUGUUGUUGAUGUGGAUCCUAGAUGUGAUGGCUGGUAUCCCAACUGCUGUUUUGGUGCAUGAGGAGGAG